AUGAUUGGUAAAGUUUGGGAUAAUUAUCUUGUGAAGGCCGAGGCGAGCCAGGAAGCCAGGAAGCCAGGAAGACAGGAAGACAGGAAGACAGGAAGACAGGAAGUCAGAAAGAAAGGGGGACAGGAAGAUAGAAGACAGGAAGAAAGGAAAACAGGAAGUCAGGAAGACAGGAUGAGGACAGGAAGAACGGAGGACAGGAAGACAGGAGGACAGGAAGACAGGAGGACAGGAAGACAGGAGGACAGGAAGACACGAGGACAGGAAGACAGGAGGACAGAAAGACAGGAGGACAGGAAGACAGGAGGACAGGAAGACAGGAGGACAGGAAAACAGGAGGACAGGAAGAUAGGAGGACAGGAAGGCAGUAGGACAGGAAGACAGGAGGACAGGAAGACAAAAAGCCAGGAAAACAGGAAGUCAGGGAAGACAGAAAAACAGGAAGCCAGGAAGAAAGGAAGACAGAAAGCGAGAAAGUCAGGAAGUCAAGAAGACAAGAAGUCAGGCAGCCAAGAAGAAAGGAUGACAGGAAGACAGGAACUCCAGUACGGGCCGAUUACAACUACUCAAGAAGCAAGGAAAACAGGAAGUCAGGAAGACAGGAAGCCAGGAAGACAGGAAGCCAGGAAGACAGGAAGCCAGGAAGAUAAGAAUAUAGGAAUCCAGGAAGCCCGGAUAAAGUCAGAAAGCCAGGAAGCCAGGAAGACAGGAAGCCAGGAAGACAGGAAGACAGGAAGACAGGAAAACAGGAAGCCAGGAAGUCAGGAAGACAGGAAGACAGAAAGAAAAGAAGUCAGGAAACCAGAAAGCCAGGAAGUCAGGAAGACAGGAAGCCAGAAAGCCAGGAGGGCAGAAAAAAGGAAGCUAGGAAGCCAGAAAGUCAGAAAGCCAGGAAGCCAGGAAGACAGGAAGCCAGGAAGACAGGAAGACAGGAAGACAGGAAAACAGGAAGCCAUGAAGCCGGGAAGCCAGGAAGCCAGGAAGGUAGGGAAGCGAGGAAACCAGGAAGGUUGGGAAGCGAGGAAGCAAGGAAGGUAA